AUGUGGUCAUUGAGGAUAGGGAAACGAUUGGCAAUUUUUGUUGCCAUUCUUUGCUUUGCUUUUGUCGUUGAAGUAGUGAGCGGGCAACAACCAUUGCAGUGGAGUUCUUGUGAUCAUUAUUAUGAUUUUCAAAUUCCAGAAAAUACGCAAUUCGUUCCGAGGUCAUCACUCUCAAAGGAACAAGUGAUGUAUUUUCCAAUUGUGGAUGCUAUUAAUGACCUGAACUCUCAAAAAAAUCAAACCUACCUCACCAAAGCCGAAUGUUCACAAUUUGAGGUUCCUCUCGACCACUCCUCCAACACUAGCAAUGCACAUGUUAAACUGUUCGUCAAGAGAAUACGAGGUUCCAAAACACAAAAUGCUCCUCGAGCUCUGUGGUUGCUAUCUGGUGGUCCUGGUCUCGCCAGCAAUAUUUUCGACUUGAUCAUGGAUCUCUUGUCUAAAUUAUUGGGAGAUACAUUCGACAUAUACACUACUGAUCAUCGAGGAGCUGGCCGCAGUACUCGUGUCACUUGUACCUUAACUCAGGCAGAGACUUUGGGAAGCGACGAAGGAAUUACAAUUUCUCAGAAAGAAUGGACUAAACCAGGAUGUGCUCAAGCAUUUGUUGCUGAAUGGAACGACGAUAGGGCGCAACACUUUUCUUCAAAGGCUGCUGCUAUCGAUGUUGUGAAAUUAAUCGAGGCCAUUAAUCUCCCACAAAAUCAAAAAACAUUCAUAUAUGGAGCUAGCUAUGGAACGGUAUGGAUUUCUCGAAUUAUUCGAUAUCUCGAAUUGAAUCAAAAGGAUAUUGCACAAAAUUUAAUUUCUGGAUUGAUUAUGGAUGGAAUUGUGAAUGUGAUUGGAAAACCAGCUCCAAUGAAUGAUCAACCUGGACCUUCUGAAAAUAUCAAAUCUGGGCGAUUGGUGUUAAACUCUUGGGAUGAAAAUUUCAAUGGUGUAGGCAAUGCAUUAUUUCAACUCUGUGCUCGAAAUUUGACAGCAAUGGCCCUCGCUCAACAAAUUUCACCACAGUCCGAUACAUCAAUGUUCGCACACCCAAAAGCUUAUGAAGAUGUGGCGAAUGAUUGCCGAGAAAGGUUUGAAAAGCAGUUAAUCGAACAUGACAAUGACAUGACGUUAUAUGUGAGACGAGUAUUGAAUAAUGUGUAUCAUCAAGAAACAGGUAGUUCAUGUCGUCCUGUACGAGAUUCUCUCUCAGAAUUGCAAUUGAAAACACUUUUUCAAAUUUUAUUAGCAGAUUUAUAUGGAAGAGUGUUGAUUCCUGCUAUCAUCUAUCGAUUGGAUCGAUGUGACGAAUUUUUAGACAUCCCUUUUCUGCUUCAUGUGAACGAUGUAGUAAUGAACGCACCAGCUCCUUCUCCUCAAUUAGUCCCAUUACAAUCUCCAGUAUUGCAAGCUCAUAUAACUUACUCUGAGUUGUGGAAUCCAAAUUUCAGUAUUCAACAAAUGCUUUCAGAAUAUAACAGUACUAACACCACAUUUGGUGGAGAGGUGAUUCGCAUGGCCUCUCUAUUUCGAAUCACAGAAUGGCCUACUUAUCAAUUAGACUCUGAUUAUUUCGAAAAGUCCUUUUCUCUACCUAACAAGAUUCCACUCCUCAUGAUGAAUGGAAAUUUGGAUCCUCAAACACCCUUAUGGUCAGCUCUUUCACAAAAUGCAUCCAUUCAAAAUGAGAAUUCCAAUUCUGACGAUAAUGGUCUGUAUGAUUUGGUCAUUGUUCCAUUUUCACCACAUGGUGUCGUGGUUGGCCCUACCAGUCGAAAUUCCUUAAUACCUGUAGGCCUUCAAUUAUUAGUGAAUUUCAUUACCAUGGAAGAGCCCAAUCCAUUUACAUUGAAUCGAACAUGUUUGGAUCAAGUUGAAUUUAAUUUUACAGGAUCUCUCUAUUACAAUCAACGCAUGUAUGGAGUAUAUAAUUUAUAUGAAGAUUCGUAUUAUGCAGACAAUGGAAGAAAUGCCACUGUGAGCUUGUAUUUGAUGGUGGGAUUACUGGUUGGAACAUUGAUUGUGGCCAUUACUGUCAUGAAUGGCCUUAUUUAUUUUAUUAUUACUUUGAGAGAUAAGAAAAAGAUGAAGGUCUUAGAAGAUGAUAUUGAAUAA